AUGCUGGAGAAGAUUCUGGAACGGGAAAGAGAAGAUUUGCAAAAGGAAAGGGAAGACAACCGGAAAGAGAAACAAAGGCGGCAAAAUAUGGGGACAAUUAUCGUAGGCACUCUUCGUCAUGUUAAGCAGGUACGAUGAAUAUAUAUACUGUUAGAGCGAGAGCGAGAGAGAGAGAGAGAGAGCAGCUCGCUGGUGAGGACUGGAAUGCACAGGCGAUAACAAGUGCCUAUCCUACUUCUUUGGAAAUGAGUACAAAUGAAAAGAUGGGGACAAUAGGACCAGCACAUGGUUGUUCUGGCUACACGACAUCCGAGAUACUUUUCCAAAUGGAAAAAAAUAUACACUACCAUAGUUACUGAUUAGUGGAUGAUUGCCAGAUUGUCAACUAGAACCCUCUUGAGCUAAUAGAGGUCAGAUGCGUAUGCUCAUCAACAGGCCUUAAAAUACCAAAUAUAUACGGAUAAAAAUAUUAUUUUUGUAUUUCUUUCAACUGCCCAUGUGCUCGGUUGCCAGAUUGGAAAAAAAUGGUCUAAAUGGAAAAGUCUCUCGGAUGUCAUGUAGCCCGCCCUGUUAUACCAGAACAACCAUGUGCUGGCCCUGUUGUGCGCAUCUUUUCAUUUGUACUCAUUUCAAAGAAGUAGGAUAGGAACUUGUUAUCGCCUGUACAUUCCAGUCCUCACCAGCGAGCUCCUCUCUCUCCCUCCCUCUCUCUCUCUCUCUAACAGUAUAUAUAUUCAUCGUACCUGCUUAACAUGACAUAGGUUACGAACCAAUUUUUUCCAAACUGCCCAUUUUACCAUUUUUUUGGUAAAUGGGGAGUUGAAAAAAAUACAAAAAUAAUAUUUUUUAUCUGUACAUAUUUGGUAUUUUAAGGCCUGUUGAUGAGCAUACGCAUCUGACCUCUAUGAGAGAGAGAGAGAGAGAGAGAGAGAGAGAGAGAGAGAGAGAGAGAGAGAGAGAGGAGUACGGUUUAAUAGUCAAGUCAUUUUCCCCCUUCUUCCCUUCGUUGUUCCACCUUGUAAGGGAACAUGGCUGGCCCUGAUUGUAGCUUGUUGACUUCUCAAGUAUUCAAGCCCCCUGAACAGUUCGAUCUAACUGUGGGAACUACAAUUUUACGGAUGGCUCUAACUGUGAGAGAUGAGGCCAUUCAGCCCGUUUCUAUUUUUUUCCUUUUGUUGGGUUGGAUUGGUCAACAGCUUCGAUGA